CAUGACCGCAAAUUCUUACCCUUGACUCAAUAAGAAGACCAGCAAACAACCCCAUUUAGUAAUCCAUUGCAUUUCUUCCUACAUCCCCAAUUUACUUCCUGCAUCAAUGGGUCUUUGUGGGGGGAAGCCAGCCAAUGUUGCUCAUGCUUCUUCUACUCAAUUUUUGGACGAUAUGCUUAAUAACAAGCGGAAAUCUAAUUCAAAACCUUCCAAGAAUCAAACAAAAACAGUCAGCUUCAACAAAGUUUCCAAAGCACAUAAAGAUGAUCAUUUGCCUGUCCCCAUUAACCUGAAAGCCUUUAGCUUGAGCGAUCUCAAGGCUGCCACCAAGAACUUCCGGCCAGAUGGUCUUCUGGGUGAGGGCGGUUUUGGUCAAGUCUUUAAAGGGUGGAUUGAUGAGACCACCUUAGCUCCGGUCAAACCUGGCACCGGACUAGUGGUGGCUGUCAAAAUACUCAAGGCUGAAAGCCGCCAAGGUCACAGGGAAUGGCUUACUGAGCUUGAUUACAUGGGGCGACUUCGACAUAAGAAUCUGGUGAAACUCAUUGGCUAUUGUGAGGAAUAUGAAAACCGGCUUCUUGUUUAUGAGUUCAUGCCUAAAGGAUGCUUGGAUAAUCACUUGUUUAGAAAAAGUGUUCAACCUAUGCCAUGGGCCACAAGGAUGCGGAUCGCCAUUGAUGUAGCAGAGGGUUUAUCGUUCUUGCACAGUGAAGAGCCUUCCAUCAUCUAUCGAGAUUUGAAGGCUUCUAACAUUUUGCUAGAUACGGAGUUAAAUGCAAAGCUUUCGGAUUUUGGUUUAGCUAGGAACGGUCCUGUAGGAGAUAACACACACGUUUCGACCAGGGUUGUUGGGACCAACGGCUACGCUGCACCAGAAUAUGUGGCGACAGGGCACUUAACUCCAAAGAACGAUGUGUACAGUUUCGGGGUGGUGUUAUUGGAGUUGCUAUCAGGAAGACGAGCGAUUGCUGAUGAGCGAGCCGGUGGGGUGGAAGAGACGUUGGUAGAAUGGGUGAAGCCAUUUCUAGGGGAUGGCAAACGGGUUCUAAGAAUCAUGGACACACGGCUAGGUGGUCAGUACUCGAAGAAGGGUGCACAGGCCGUGGCUGCACUCGCAUCAAAAUGUCUCCACAACGAUCAUAGGUUCAGACCGACCAUGGCCGAGGUGCUUGCUUCAUUACAAGAAAUCCAAAGCGCUCCGAAAGAGGUCCCGAGGAUUUCUACGGAUCGGGAACAACACCGAAGAGUAGGGAAUUUGAAGGAUGCUAAAAACUCAAAAUGAAAUGGUGGAAUUCUUUUGGUAUAUGAUAGAACAACUUUGAUUGCAGGAUGUACAAGUGGUUGUAGAUGGUUAAUGACAUAAGGAUCGAUCCUUUGUCGAUCAUUGCAUACAGCGACUUCGGUUUUUUUUUGUUUUCUUAUUUUUUGUUGGUCAUUUAGAUAAAAAGGUUUAUAAAAUCUUUUACUUUAGGGCCGUUUACCC